GCCACAAGAUAUCCAGCAAAGACGAGAGGAUCUGAGAAUGGAGUACGGAGGAGAAUCCUCCGAGCUAGACUUUUUCCUCACUACUGUAAAAGGUUACAUGGAAGAUAAUGGCCACACGUUCCGGACGGAGUCCAGCAGGGUUCGGGCAAUCGGGGCAGUCCUGAGAAGGGGAGCGGCCGGCUGGUAUGUACAACUGCAUGCCAGACACGACCCAUGCCUGGGGUCGGUAAGGCGCUUCCUAGCAGCACUGGAGGACCGCUUCCGAGACCCGCUUGAGCGAAUCCAGGCGAGGGAGAAACUGAAAGCCAUCUACCAGGGGCAGAGGUCAGUUUCCCAAUACGCUGAGGAGUUCCAAUGCCUAGCCAAGAGAAUUCCGGAGUGGUCAGAGGUAACCAAACUGGAAAUAUUCAAAGAGGGACUACGGCGAGAGAUCCUUGCAUGGGCAGUGCAUCGGGAUGAUCUGGAGACGCUGAGAGGCUGGAUCCAGUUAGCAGGCCGUGUCGAAACCACAUUGGCCCAAGUGAAAAGGCACCGGGGGGGACAACAGCAGCUUCCGAGGCCGAAGGAGGUAGCAAGGAAGCCGGAGCAACCCCCAACCAGGAGACACACCGAGGCGAAGGGAACCAGCGGAGGAGCGAGAAGCGAGUGCUUUGUGUGCGGGUGAGUGGGACACAGAGCCGCGGAGUGCUGGCAGAGGAAAGGAGGAGGGGGCAAUCAGCCCAAACAGCAGGCAGCAACAGGAAAGCGUGCUGAAGAAGAAUCGUCAACAAAGGGCCCUUCGGAGGGAUUGGAAGAAGAGGAGGAGGAAAUCAUGUCAGGACCAUAAUUUCUGGGCCUGUACUCUGGCACCAGAAAUCAAGGACGCUUACACAAAGAACUGAUAAGGCACCUGUGGCUCCCGGCUCUGAAGGGAAACGGCUGAUGUGCGAGCGGGAAGAAGUGCGCGGGGGUUUUCUCUAGGCGGGAAUGACUUCUUUGAAUGUGGGGGGAGUGUAUAUAAGGGAGUCUUGCUGGGCCGACCAUCAAUCUCGGCUUUAUGUGUGUCAAAGUGUUCUUCAGUAAAGUUUUCAGUGACAACA